AUGCCUCGUCGAAUUCCUGACUAUCCUGACGCUUACGAAGGAUGGAACUACAUCAGUUCUAUCGGUUCACUAAUCUCUGUAGCUGCAACAGCUGUAUUCCUGUACCUAAUCUACGACAUGCUAACAGCACAACCAGCUACAUCAAUGAAUCCUUGGGGACAACCAGGUUACUUCAUGAGCACACCAUCAUUCCUAACAGAAUCAGUACACAGCUCAUCUCUAGAAUGGACAAUUCCAAGCCCAACACCUUACCACGCAUACCUAAUGAUGCCAGUACAAUCAUAG